AUGGGGGCAAAGGGCAUUGGAUGGGCCUGGAUGGAGCACUGUAUGGGGCUGUGCAACAAUCCUGCCAAGAGUGUUCUCCUGAGUGGCUGCCUGUGCGUUGGUACUCAAAGAAGGCGCCCAGGGGAGUCGCCACCAGUGUUUCGAUUGCAGGCAAAUUGGUCUGGCGUUGUCAUCCAAAUUGUUGUUGCUUUGUCACAAGUGGGCUGGCCAGAACUAGAUGCUGAGUGUGGUGUUCGCUGUGGAGGAGACUUUGUACUGACAAAUGUCCGGGUUGUACCUUCUUUUGUGAAGUUUAGAUCAUAA